UUUAUAUCUCUUUAAAUAGUACACUCAAGAGACUUUUAUAUUACGUCAACUGACAAGUGAUUCUUAUUCAUUACUUCUUGGUGAAAACAGCGUAGAACGCAAUAUAACAUUAUUUGAAAGGAAAUAAUGUCAUUGAAUACAGCACAUGCACAUGGAGGCGUUUUAAUAUAUGCUGGCGAACGGAUUUUACUAUAUUGUGAUGGAGUGGAGAUGGGAUUUGAUGGGGUCAAAUUACCACAUUUUAAAGGCAACAAAAAAGGAACAGUUUAUUUAACCACUCACAGAGUAAUAUUUAACAACAACAGUUUAUCAGACAUGUUGAAAUCCUUCAGUAUACCAUUUAUGUGUAUGCGGGAAGUGGAGCUAGAACAACCUAUAUUUGGGGCCAAUUAUAUAAAAGGCAAAGUAAAUGCAGAACAGGGAGGUAAUUGGGAAGGUCAAGCAAAGAUAAAGUUAUGGUUUAACAAUGGAGGUGCAAUAGAAUUUGGACAAGCUAUGUUGAAAGCUGGACAAUUAGCAUCAAGGAAUAGAGUACAACAACCUCCACCAUAUAUGCCACCCCAGGGCAAUUUUUACCAAGCCCCACCCCCAUCAUAUUCACCUCCACAGAAUGGAUAUUAUGAUUGGGUGCCCUACCAGACAUUCCCAACAGCUCCACCACCGGAGUAUGUGUAUAUGACUGAGGCUCCCCCACCAUAUCCAGGAGUUGACCCAAGUGCACCACCACCUCAACCAUACCAAGCCAACGGAUACGGUACAGAUGAGAAAGCUAGAGAGGCUGCUGCCAGUGCAUAUUAUAAUCCCAAUGCACCACAUAAUGUCCACAUGGUAACACCACCAUCAUGUCCGCCUUCAUAUGAUGAUGCCACCAAGAAAUAUAAUUAAUAUUUGAAAUUUAACAUUCUCUUCUUACUACACAAUGUAUAAGUUUAUGUUCUUCAUAAAUGAAAUAAAACAAAUGAAAUUGAACCAUAAAACUCUCAAGGUUUCAAAAUGAAUUUAUAAUUUCAUUAAAUUGAAUACUGUGGAUUCAUUUAUACUUUUUUGUUACCAAUUUUCAUGGAUUUCGUGGGUACAGGGGAACUAGGAAUUUAAAUAUUCAACAAACUGCCAAUUUUCUGAAGGAAUGUAUUUAGACUUUGCCAAAACAACAAAAUUAAAUAUCACAAAUAUGCAAGUUUUACUGAAACCAUGAAAAUAAAUUAAUCCACAGUAUGAUGUAUAGAUACAUUGUAAGAGAAGUGAAAGUUGUUUGUUCAUCUAAAAUUCAUAAAAUAAAAAUACUGAAGUAUUAUAGGUGCCGUGGGGGUGGAAUGAAGUCCCUAUAUUUUGUGUUUCCUUUUUUUUCUGUGAAAUGCAGUAUUCAAUAAGAUUUAUAAUUGAUGAAUGGAUAAGCUGAUUUUUUUGGGGUUAAAUCCAAAUUUUUAAACCCCUGAAUAUUGGAAUUGACAUACUGUAAGACACA